AUGUCGAAUCUAGCAAAACUUGAAAUUGUGGUCCUUGAUAUUACUGGAAAAAACUAUUUAUCAUGGGUGUUAGAUGCUGAAAUACACCUAGAUGCUAAAGGGCUUGGUGACACAAUAAAAGAAGAAAAUAAAGCAACAUGUCAAGAUAAAGCUAAAGCAAUGAUAUUUCUUCGCCAUCACCUCCACGAGGGGCUUAAAACUGAGUAUCUGACAGUUAAAGACCCACAAAUCCUUUGGAGUAAUCUAAAGGAAAGGUAUGACCACCAGAAAACUGUGAUAUUGCCAAAGGCUCGUUAUGAUUGGUUGCAUUUAAGAUUGCAAGAUUUUAAAUCCGUGAGUGAAUAUAACUCAGUCAUGUUUAAAAUUACUUUUCAACUUAAAUUAUGUGGAGAGAAAAUUACUGACGCAGAUAUGUUAGAAAAAACAUACUCCACUUUUCAUGCAAACAAUGUUGUCCUGCAGACACAGUAUCGAGAAAAAGGUUUUAAGAAAUAUUCUGAAUUGAUAUCUUGUUUUCUUGUGGCUGAACAAAAUAAUGAGCUGUUAAUGAAAAAUCAUGAAGCACGCCCUACUGGCUCAACUCCAUUCCCUGAAGCGAAUGUGACAUCCCAUACUGGGAAAGUAUCAAAGAAUACAGACCAUGCCAGCAGCAGUGGUCGUGGCCAAUGGCGAGGCCGUGGGCGUGGACGUGGUUUUGGUGGCUAUGGUAGAGGUCGUGGAGGUUAUUACAAGAGCUCACAUUCCCACCAGAAGUGGGACCGCAAAGAUGGUAAAGGUGAGAAAGGAAAAAGUGACAAUGUGACUAAUGUGUGCCACCGUUGUGGAGGAAAAGGUCAUUGGUCACGUGUAUGUCUCACACCAAAACAUCUUGUUGAUGUUUAUCAACAAUCAUUAAAGAAGAAAGGAAAGAAUGUUGAGACCAAUCUUGUAUUUGAAGAUGGCGAAGGUGAUUUCGAUUAUGGUGAUGCAACUUAUUUAGAUGUUGCAGAUUUCUUUACUUCCCCUGAAGGGAAUAAUUAA